GCAUUAUAGAAAUGUAUAGUGUGUAUUUAUUGUGUGUUUUGUUUGUGUGUGAAGCUGUUUGUAUGUAUAGUUCGAAAGUUCUGGAAGGAUAUCCUGCUGGGUAUUUGGCUGAUUGUCCUGGCACAGAGACACCACCGUACAUAUCUCCAACAGAUCUGAAACAGCUCACCAUAUACGUGCAAGGGAAGCCAUCCAUACUUUGGCCGAAAACCAAAUACAAUUACUAUCAAAUGAAGGAAAUGGCUAAGGACCCCUGGAUAGACUGGAGGAAACCCACCAUGAUGUAUGUUGGAGGGUUUUUGGACAGUCCGCAGUAUCCCUUUGCCCUCUCCAUUGGGGUGGUGUACAAGAAAUUGGGAUACAAUGUGUUUCUACUCGAUACAAAUCCGUUUACUACAUUUGCUUAUGCUGUAGCCGCAAACAACAUACGGACAAUAGGAAAACACGUCGCAGAAAUGCUAGUCACCCUCACAAAGUACGGCUUAAAUCCCAAAAAACUGGAACUUGUAGGACUCAGCCUAGGAGGGCAUACCAUGAGCUUCAUAGCUAAACACUAUAAACAGCAAACAGGAACAAAAAUAUCUAGACUAACAGGCUUAGAUCCAUCUGGUCCUUGCUUUCGGAACUUAGGACCAAAUGAUAGAUUAGAUGAAAGUGAUGCGGACUUCGUAGAUGUGAUUGAUACGAACAUUGAUGGCUAUGGAAUGGCGGCCCCAGUCGGCCAUGUUAAUUUUUACGUCAACGGCGGCGAGUUCCAACCUGGAGAUAUUUUUUGGGCACCCUGUGACGUCAUCUGCAGCCAUAUUAGGGCUUUCACAAUCUGGAUUGCGGCUUUACUAAACCCUAAUAGUUUUAUUGCUAUGAAAUGUGAUUCCGUUCAGGAGGCAAGGAAUAAGGAUUGCUUUGAUAAAAAUCCUCCUGUAACAAAUAUUGUGGGGUUGAACACUGAUAAAAAUGUUCAUGGUAUUUUCUAUUUGGCUACGUCUAAUAAUUUUCCGUAUUUUAUGGGCUUAAAGGGAUUGAAAAAGGAAUUCGAAUUUUUUGAUUCGAAAUUGAAUUUGAGUAAGAGAACUAGUUUGUCAUAUUUUUAGUUAUUUAGUUUUUUUAAGAAAAUAUACAAUUCGCUUGAAUU